AUGGAUAUCGUCGCGGCUGUAUCGUCAUACGUCACUAGAAUAAUCACCGAUGGCGCAGCGUCGACUCAGAACACCGGUGCGACCGGGAAGAUGAAGAUUUUAUUGCUGGACUCGGAAACAAUGCCGAUAAUGUCGACAGCGACAUCCCAGUCCACCCUGCUUCAGCAUGAAGUCUUCCUGAUAGAUCGUCUUGAAAACAUCAAUCGCGAGAAAAUGCGACACCUGAAAUGCCUCUGUUUCGUUCGACCGUCGCCAGACUCGAUACAGCUUCUCGUCGAAGAGCUCCGAGACCCAAAGUACAGCGAGUACAUGCUCUAUUUUAGCAAUAUUGUUAAAAAAAGCUCGUUAGAACGCCUGGCCGAAGCAGACGAUCACGAAGUUGUCAAAUCAGUCCAAGAAGUAUUCGCCGACUACCUCGUUGUCAACCCGGACCUGUACGCUCUUAAGGACAGCGCAUUGAAUGGGUUAAGAAUAUGGUCACAGUCUCCAGAUCAGUGGAAUCCCGAUGCCCUUAUUCGGGCGACGGAUGGUGUUCUAGCGUCGUUAUUAACUCUCAAGAAGAAGCCGUUGAUACGGUAUGCUCGGAAUAGCUUAAUGUCUAAGAAGCUAGCCACCGAGUUAACUUUCCAAAUGACCCAAGAAACCCAACUAUUUGACUUCCGAAAAACCGAUACACCGCCGAUACUCCUUAUCCUUGACCGAAGAAGCGACCCCAUCACUCCUCUACUCUCUCAAUGGACCUACCAAGCCAUGGUACACGAGCUGCUCGGCAUCGAAAAUGGCAGGGUGGACUUAAGCGAUGUGCCAGACACCCGCCCCGAGCAUAAGGAAAUAGUCCUCUCAGCCGACCAAGAUCCUUUCUUCAAGAAGAACAUGUAUGUCAACUUUGGCGACCUAGGCAGCAACAUAAAGGAAUACGUCGAUCAAUAUCAGGCUAAAACAAACUCGAGCAAGAAUCUCGAGAGUAUAGCGGAUAUGAAACGAUUUGUCGAGGAGUAUCCAGAAUUCAGACGGUUGUCCGGGAACGUCAGCAAGCAUGUUAACCUGGUGUCUGAGCUAAGUCGGCGUGUUGAGAAGGAGAGCCUGCUAGAAGUUUCAGAGCUGGAGCAGAGUUUUGCAUGCCAGGACAAUCAUAAUGCGGAUUUGAAGACUCUACAAAAGCUUCUACAGUCUGCGAUUCCCCCAGAAAACAAGAUACGGUUGGUGGCACUGUACAGUAUAAGAUACGAGAAGCACCCCAACAACGCUCUUCCCGUUCUCAUGGACCUGCUGCAAGUUGGUGGUGUAAGCCCUACAGACUGCAAUAGCGUACGGAACCUUAUCAGCUUCUACCACUCCUUGAAAUCUCAGGAAGAUAUAUUUGAGGCAUCAGAUAUCUUUUCGCUCGCCAGCCGAAGUCUCAAGGGUUUAAAGGGUGUAGAGAAUAUCUAUACACAACAUACACCACGAAUGGGCCAGACACUCGGAAGUCUAAUCAAAGGAAGGCUAAGCCUUCAAUCUUAUCCCUUUUUCGAGGGCGGCGGUACAACGAAGGAUAAACCACAGGACAUUAUUGUAUUCAUGGUCGGUGGUGCGACGUAUGAAGAGGCUAGGUUGAUUGCUCAGGUCAAUGCUUCGACCCCAGGUGUCAGGAUUGUACUAGGUGGAACGAGUAUGCUAAACAGUGAUUCAUUUAUCAAGACAGCGAAUGAAGCUACAUCUAUGUGGCCUAUCUCCGCCCCGACUAAUGCGAGUGGGAGAUUGAGGAGAGAGAUUGGAGCCAUUUAA